UAAAUUUCUAAUUUUUACAGAUAUUCCAUCUGUUCCUAUUCCUGGUAGUAUCACAUUUUAUUCUGACAGGCUCCACUUCUCCUGGUCCCCAUCAGCCAGUACUUGUUUAUCUCAUUACAGUGUUAAUGUUACUAGUAUUGAAUACACUAUCAGUACUACUGAUACUAGUCUGAGUUUACCAGUACCUUCAACUAAUGAUACAGAAUAUUCUAUUAGUGUAGUAGCUGUUGAUACUGGGGGUAGAUAUAUGGAUCCUGUUGGUGAAGAAACAUUUGUAGCAGAUGUCCCUGAAUUUGUAACUGACUUAACAUUAAGUCAAACUGGUCUCAGUAUUAAUGUAUCAUGGAAUGAAGUGAAUUAAAUAAUUAAUAAUAUUAUCAUAAUUUUUCUUUGUAGCCAGCUACCCCUAUGUACCUCCCUGUAUUAUACUAUACAUUACAUCAUAAUGUUCUUGAUUCUCAUUCUAAUAUAACAGUAUCAGCUCCUACCAUUACAUACAAUGUACCUGAUGCUACUGUUGGAAUAGCUGCUGUUAAUGCAUUAGGAGUUGGUCCUACUGCAUCAGGCAUAAUAAGUAUACAUGCUUCUACUCUCAUAACAACAGUUACAGAUACCACUACUUUAAUAAGGACUGAUGUGGCUAUCUCAUCAACAAGAAUAACUUCACCUACUCCCACUAGUACAUGUGCUCCUUCAGCUUGCACUGAGCAAAGCAGUGAUACUGUUAGUGCAUUAGCUAUCAGUUUCCCUAUCACUGUUAUACUGUCAGUAAUAAUAUCAUCAGUUUUAUCUUCAAUCAUCACUUAUUGCUGUUGUGUAUCAAGAUCAGUAAAGUCUUACAGUGUUACUAAUCCAUCAACAGCAGCUGCUGAUUAUGAGAUACCAAUGAAAACCAGUUCCCUUGAGAUGAAGGAUAAUAUGGCGUAUGGUCAUGUUAGUGUUGGUAAUAGAUCUACCAGUGGAACAACACCAGCAGUUUAUGAAACUGUUCAGUCAUAAACUAUAACUACUACUAAUGGAAUUGUUUUUGUUUAUGCAUAGAUGCACGAUAGUUAUUCCUUUCAUAAUUUUGUGUUUUUCCUAAUUUGAAAAUGACAAUAUUAUGUCCC